GAGGAAGAAACACCAGCACAUGAACAUAUAUUUACAAGAAUAAGUGAUAUAGAUGUAGACGAUUUAUCAAAAGACAACCCAUUAUACAUUGGAAUUAUUGAUCUUAGUUUGAAUAAAUAUAAUAUUUCGGAAAGUAAUUUCAAAUCCCUCAUU